AUGGCGAUGAUGAUGACUGGCCGUGUGCUGCUGGUGUGCGCCCUCUGCGUGCUGUGGUGCGGUGCUGCGGUGGUAGUAUCGUCGGAGCCUGAUGUUGACGGUACAUCCGGUGAUUCUGCGAGUCGUGGUGGAAUCUCGCUUGAGUCGCCACCAACAGUUCUGUCACCGUUACCUCCGGUAAAAUCCGACUUUGCUGAAGAUGAAGGUGAAGGAGUUUCUGGAAAGGAAGAAAUGGAGCGUAGUAGUGAAGAAGAAGGAUCUGCACCUGUGUUAGAUACCAAGAAAAGCACUCCGAUUAAGCCUCAGCAGGAAGCAACACAUACUCUUGCAGGAAAAACUUCGGAAGGAAUGGAUGGAGUUGCUGGUGUGGAAGGAGGUGGAAAAGAGAAAAAGGCUGAAGAAAAAAAAGACGAUAAAUCUAAAGAAAAGCCUGGAAGCACUUUAUUGACGGUGUCUGGAUCGAAUCUGACUGGCGAACAGAACCCACGGGUACAUCCACCGGGUGGAACUCAAGAAAGUGAAGUGGUGAACCCCUUAACUGACAGUUCGCCGGGAAUUGGAGUUCAACAACAAGUUUCAUUGGGUUUGUUGGAGGGUGCACCAGCCAAGAGUACAACGGACGCUAAUCCAUCAUCCCUAUCUACAGGUGGGCGUGGUUUUGACAACGGUGAGGGAAGGGAGGAUGGCUCAGGGAUUACUGAACUGCCUGCCGCCAGAGAAGGCCAAAUCGAAAUGGAAGAUGGUGGCAGAAAAGUCAAAUCUACGACAGGUGUGGAGAAAGAAUUACAAUCACCAGUCAAUAAAGCCGCAAACACGAGUGAGACGGUAAUAAAUGGCUACCGUAAAAGCAGGCCCACAGCAGCUACGGCCCUGCAGUCUGACGAUGGCUCAGAAAGCAAUCCGGCCACAAACGGCUUGAACCACUCCUCCAGUGAAGGAAUCGCACACCUCAGUACGACCCCCGAUCCUGAAGACGCAUCAGAAGGCACGGAGAAUGCGACAUCCCAGAGUGCAGAAAUCCCAACAGCACCAAUUAACACAGUCAAAACAAAUGACACGGCGAUACCUGGCGACAGUGACGGCAGCACCGCGAUACCCCACACCACCUCUCAUCUUUUGAUUCUUCUUCCUGUUGUUGCGUGUGCGGCUGCUGCUGCGGUGGUGGCCGCGUGA